AUGUGGAAAUUGCUGAAAGGAGAGAUCCAACGUUACGGGCCAAACGAUGAAAUCGUUGCCAUCAACUCCAAACUAGGAUGGACGUUUCAGGGUCCGACUACCGAACGUUCGCUGAUCGCAAGGCAGGCCUGCAACUAUGUAUCUGUGCUUCGUGUGAGUACACUUUCUGAGGACCUGCGCUGUGACCAGCUUUUAGAACGAUCUUGCAGCCUGGAAGGAGUUGGAAUCGUCCACGAAGAUGAAUCUCCGUCGGCCGAAGGCCAUGCCGUUCUCGAAGAGUUCGAGAAAACACUGAAGAUGAGGGAUGGCAGGUACGAGGUUCAGCUCCCGUGGAAACAGACAGAUUCGCCGUUGAACGACAACUUCGAGAUAGCUAAAACUAGGCUGAAGAAACUUGUGUUCCGACUGAACAAAGACAGACAUUUGAUCGAAGAGUACGACAAAGUUAUACGUGGAUAUCUUCUCAGUGGAUACGCAGAAGAAGUUCCCGUAUCCAACCAAGAACAGAACACUCGGGUUUUCUACAUGCCACACAGAGAAGUUUUCCGCGAAGCAUCUACAACAACCAAGUUGCGUGUAGUGUUCGACGCGUCGUCGCAUGGUCCUGGAAGUACAUCUUUAAAUGACCACCUGGAAACUGGACCAAAGCUUCAAGCGGACAUGCAGGAUAUUCUAAUCAGGUUUAGGAUGCAUCAGAUCGCUAUGAUAGCGGAUAUCGAGAAAGCUUUCCUCCAGAUCAUGGUCCACGAGAGAGAUCGUGGUGCGCUACGAUAUCUUUGGUACCGCGACGUGCCCUUUCGUGAGAUGACGUCUAACGAGCUCUGCAUUCUCAGGAUGAGUCGGGUUCCCUUCGGAACGACCGCGAGUCCUUUCCUCCUGGCUGCAACGCUGCAUCACCACUUUCGUCACAUCACUGACGAUCUAGGGGCCACCGCAAGCGACUUGUUAUCCUCAUUUUACGUGGACGACUUGGUAACAGGAGCUGAUAACGUUGAAGAAGCCACGAGGAUGCAUCGUCAGGCUUUGGCAGUCAUUGAACAGGCUCGAAUGCGCCUCAGAAAUGGGCAUCGAAUGAACCCCGGUUAA